GAGCAGGACCUGGGGAAUGUACUAGGACAGGUCGGCAAUAAAUUUUCCGACGGGGCCGCUUCGGCCCCAUCAAUGUCGCGCCCGGAGGGGGGCGGGAAGCGUCGCGCGCAUGGCGCUGGAUGAUCCCUAGCGGCGGCCAGGCGAGUCGGCAAACACCCAGGAAGCCGCGGAAAUGACCAGAGCGAGGCGGGCAGCGGUUUCUUUGCGGCCGGCCUUCCUGGCAUUCGCUCGUGGGAUGGCCGCUGCCGAGGGACUCGCCCGCGCGCCUGCGCCUGCGGCGCUCGGGAAGACGGAGCAGCUGCCCGAUUCCCUGCGCGCCCCACAUUGCCAGCGCAAAAACCCCCUCCGUUGGCCAUUGGGGCCUUUCGAAUGAAAGAAACGACUACAGUGCCGCAAAUUAGUGAAGAAUGGCCGAAGCAUUUCGACGGAGGCCGGAGAACUUCAAGAAACCUAUCGGCGGGCAAGGCGCGGCCGACCCUGGGUCUCCCAACGUUCCCUGCAUGAAAAAGGCCGCGCUGGCCUGCCCCAGGGCCUCGGGCGGCCGGGGUGGCUUGGAUGCUUCGGGCGAUCGGCGCGCCCGGCCGCCUCCGGCGCAGGAUGGAACGAACGCGGGCGCCGAGGAAGGAAGGCCGGCGGCAGUCCUGCACGCAAUCAAAGGCGCCGCCCGCGCGCCGGCCCGCCCCGGCCUCCAUUGUGGGCGGUUCCUUGUUUGUUGUCUCGCCCACGCGCGCGCCCCGCUUCGUGUGAGGAACGUGCCCAGCGCGCUGCCCCCGCUCUUUGGUGGGCCCUUCGGGGCGGGGGCCGCUUGGGUCUUCAGUGUCCAGCUCACUCCGGUCAUGCCUGGGACAAAUGCGGCCCCUUGGCCUUCCUCUACGCCCUCCGGGACCCCGGAAGGCGAGAAGAACUGUGGGCUUGGGCGCGUCGGCCCGGCCCCCGGGUAAGUGGGCCCGCCGUUCGCCUGAAGGCGCCUGCGUCGCCCGCCGGCCCGGCCCAAGAAUGAACGAAGGCAGGGGGGGGCCGGGUGCCGUGCUUGUUUCUUCGGGGCUGCCCGGCCUCCGCGCCGGGGGCUCGCGCGCGAGAACCAGCAGAAGGAAAAGGCGGCCGCGCCCCCCCCCGCGCACCGAGACCGAGGAAGGCCGGCCGUUUUUUGGCUGCCGCCGAGUCCCGGAGUGGAACGAAAAGGAAAAGGCUAAGAAAGGCCCCGGCCCCUUCCGGCCCCCCCGUCUCGUUUCAUCGCGCCCGCCGGCGCGCCCGCGCCGUUGCUCGAUUGUUGCCUGGGCCUCCGGCCGCCCCCCCGGCCGCCGAGGGAGGGGGGCCGCGCUCGCGCGCCCUUCUUACCUUGCCCCGCCCUGGUUCGUUCGUUGGCAGGCCAGCCCGCCCGUUGCGCCAGUGAAGCCCAGGGCAUGGCGCGCCCGGGCCCGCCCCUUCGGCCGGGCCCUUGAUCCCGGAAGGGUGGGCCCGCAGCAAGCCCCCCCCCCUCAUGUAGGCGCAAGCUGGGUGGCUGCGCCAAGUAAGUUUUGCUCGCAUCGCUGUGCCACCCCGGCCUGGGCCACCCAGCACGAUAAAAGGCAGAGGGCUGGCGAUUAUGUGCCCCCGCUCCCGGCCGGCGCGCGCUCGCUGCGUGCUUGCAAAGCUGCCGCCUUGUUAGCUUGGGCGCUUGGGGGGAGGGCGCCAUGCCUCUCAUUGCCCGCCCCACGUUCGUUCGUUGUGUUGGUUUGGCUGCCGGGCGACUCGGUGGGCCCAGUGCCAUUGCUUCAACAGGAGUGGAAUUGCUUACAGCUAGCAUUUGUGCCGAUAAGCGAGAGCCCGCACCGCUCGCAGAUACAUUCUUUCGCGGUCGCGUGCUCUGGUUCGU